UAUACCCCUUACUUUAUUCAUACUUUUUUUUUCCGACCGUUGCCCAAAUGUCCGUCCACCCGAAAAAAUGAAAACCCUUGUCAUGUAAACACAACAGCAAACAUAAUCUCGAUUUUUAUUAAACAAAAAAUAAAAACAUAGUUCAGAAAAAAUUCCAGUGAGAAUGACGUGCACUCAAGCAGCAUCCAAUUACUAUCUCUUGUUAAUUCUGGCCUCCAUUCUCAUCGUCUGCUCCACAGUUGCUUAUCUGCAACUUCAAAAAUCUUUCACAAUUUAUGGUGAAUUGAAAAUUGGGGAAAGAUAUUUGUUAGGUCAAUUAGCACCGGGCAGUCCCGGGAUAGUGACGGUCCCGUCGGGCACGCCGCCGGCGAGCUCGAGCACGAGCAACACAGCUCGGUGGUGCGUGGCCAAGAGCGGAGUGGGGCCGGCGGCGCUGCAGGCUGCACUGGACUACGCGUGCGGGCAAGGCAGGGCGGACUGCGGGCCAAUCCAGCCCAGCGGGACUUGCUUUAGCCCUAAUACACUGCAGAAUCACGCCUCAUAUGCUUUCAAUAGCUACUAUCAAAAGAGUUCGGGCCAGGGCUCCGCGGCCUGUGAUUUCUCCGGUGCAGCCACAUUCACCACUACUAAUCCAAGCACCGGUUCUUGCAAUUAUCCCACAUCGUCAUCACCAACUACUACACCUUCUACAACGCAAUUUCCACCACCAUAUUUACCCGGGUAAAAGAAUCAAGAAAUCCUCUCGGUUUAUUUUUCUUUUCCUCUCAAUUCUUUUCAAUUAUAUUAUAUUUAUGCAGGUUGGCUACUCCACCGACCAUCUUAAAUGGCACCAACCCUUCUUUGGGAGGUUUAGGUGACAGCCCAAUGACUGACGACAGCUCUUCACUUUCCAUCUUCACCGGACUCCACCACCACCACCUAUUUCUCGCCUGCAUUAUUAAUCUUUUCCUCAUUAGGCUUCCAGUUUUCGAUAUCUAAACACAAUCAAACAAGCUCUGUUGGCUUUUUGGAGGUGUGUCUAUUCUUUCUACAUGCCACUAGUGUUGUUGAAAUCCUCUGUCAGUUGGAUAACUCAUAAUAGUUAGGAGAGGCAGAAUGGUGAUAUAUUCCAUAACUAUAAAUUAGCUUUCUGAGGCAGUGGCUAAUGUUCCAGAUUCUAACUGUGAGACUGCAAUGCAAUUAUCAAGUAAAUAAAUUUAGCCAAAUUUUCCAUUUUCUGUGUUACAUUUCCAACUACCUCUUCUCUUCUCCAUCUCAUAAUAUGAAUCGGGGCCAUGCGUAGUUACUAUCUGCC